AUGGAGAUGAUGCAUCUGGUGACCCAUGUCCCCAUGAUGAUCAUGCACCUCCUGGCCCAUGUCUGGUGGCCCAUGUCUGGUGGCCCAUGUCCCCAAGGAGAUGAUGCAUCUGGUGGCCCAUGUCUGGUGGCCCAUGUCCACAUGCAGAUGCUGCACCUCCUGCCCCACAUCCCCAAGGAGAGGAUGCACCUCCUGGCCCAUGUCUGGUGGCCCAUGUCUGCGACGGGCCGGUGCGUGGCCGCGGCGCCGGGGCGGGACGAGGACAGGAUCAUCGGGGGCUACCCCUGUGUCCCCUUCUCCCAGCCCUGGCAGGUCUUUAUCUACAGCCCCGUGCGCUGCGGGGGGAUCCUGCUCAGAGACUCCUGGGUGCUGACGGCAGCACACUGCAACAGCAGGGGUCUUCGCCUCCGCCUAGGGGAGAACAACCUGCAGCAGUCGGAGGGGACGGAGCAGAACCGGCUGGUGGCCAAAGUCAUCCCGCACCCGGCGUUCAACCCCAGCACCCUGGACAGCGACCUGAUGCUGCUGAAGCUGCAGCGGCCGGUGGAGCUGACGCGGGCCGUGCGCCCCCUGCCCCUGCCCCGCUCCUGCGCGCCCCCCGGCUCCUCCUGCCUGGUCUCGGGCUGGGGAACCGUCACCAGCCCCCAAGUGACGCUGCCGCGGCUGCUGGUGUGCGCGGACGUGGAGCUGCUGUCGGCCGCCGCCUGUCGCCGCUCGUACCCGCAGCGCGUCACCGACAACAUGUUGUGCGCCGGGGUGCGGGACCAACGCGUCGACUCGUGUCAGGGUGACUCUGGGGGUCCCCUGUCCUGCAAUGGGACCCUCCAGGGCAUCGUGUCCUGGGGGCUGCAGACUUGUGCCCUGCCAGGACGUCCUGGGGUCUACACCAGAGUCUGCAACUUCGUGGGGUGGAUCCAGGACACCAUGAACAACAAUUGA